AUGAAGGGUGCCCUUGUCAGCGGGCUCACCACGGUGAUAGCAUCUGUCGUCGCCCAAGACACCACAGCUGUCAGCUCUCUGACACCAGCGGCAGCUACUGUUACUACCAGUGCCACGGCUGCCCCGUCCCUUUUCAGCAGUGAGACCGUCCAACUGACGGACGAGUGUCUGGAUGAUGUGGCAAGCACACUGAAGAACGAGACUCUCUCGAGCAUGUUCGCUUUCGCGGACAGCUCUUCAAAUCCAAGUGUUUCCAAGCGCGGCGCCAGACACAGCUGCAAGGUCAUGCCAGGCGACUUCUGGUGGCCUAUUGACUUGGUCUGGGACAUUUUCGAUCUUCUCCUCGGCAAGCGCUUGAUUAAAGCGUCGCCUCUGGCUGCUGUCUGCUAUCCCGACUGGCCUGAAUACGAUGCUGACAAGUGUACCGAGCUUGCCUCGCAAUGGACCUCUUCCGAUUUGCACAUGGGCGAUCCCACCUCUAUUAUGCUGCCGUUGUAUGAGGGCCGUACCUGCAUGGCUUCGGGAUUCAAUUACACCGACACCUGCAAGAUGGGAGCAUACCCAUCCUACGUUGUCAACGUGUCUAGCGUCGCUCAGAUCCAACUCGCUGUGAACUUCGCUCGUAACCUGAACCUGCGUCUGGUGGUCAAGAACACCGGUCAUGACUUCAACGGCAAGGCAUCUGGCAAGGGUGCUCUGUCCAUCUGGACCCACUGGCUCAAGGACAAGGCGUUUUAUCCUGAGUUCAAGGCCGAUAAUGGCUACACUGGCCCCGCCAUGAAGUUCGGUGCUGGUGUUCAGGUCUGGGAGGCAUAUGAGUACGCCAAGGCCAACGAUGUCACCGUCAUUGGUGGCGAAGCUGUUACGGUUGGUCUAGGAGGUGGAUACACUGCCGGUGGUGGUCACUCCCCGUUGAGCAGCUUGUACGGUCUGGGUGCUGAUCAGGUCCUUGCUCUCGAGGUUGUUCUCGCCAAUGGCCGCUACGUCACCGCCACUGCCAAGCACAAUUCCGAUAUCUUCUAUAUGAUGCGUGGAGGUGGUGGCAGCACCAUUGGCGUUGUGACGUCUUGGACCGUUAAGGCUUAUCCCAAGCUGCCCACUACCACUGUUACGUUCAACUUCACUAUCAGUGACACUCCUGGACCUGAGUACUUCUGGUCCGCUGUCCAGUCCUACUUUGACAACUUCGAGUCCUUCGUCGAUGCCGGCACUUAUGGAUACUACUAUGUCGGUGCUUCUGCCUUCAUGAUCGGAACAGACUAUGCCGGCAGCACCGACUACUACUUCCGUAUGGAGUCGUUCGUCGCUCCGAACAUGACUGUUGCCGAGACCAAAGAACUGCUUGCUCCGUGGUUCAGCAAGCUUGAUAGCCUGAACAUCACCUAUACUCCGUGGUACAACCACGCUGACAACUUCCACGAUGCUUGGGUCGUUGCCUUCCCUCAGGAAGCAGGCGGUACCGCAGUCGUCAAGACCGCUUCUCGUCUGAUGCCCCGGAAGGUCUUCCAGGACGACGAUCUCCGCAACCGCACCGCCAUCGCGCACAGAGACGCCAUCGAGCAGGGUCUCUUCAUUGCCGGCUUCCACAUCAGCGGCACCGGUAUCGCCGUCGACCCACCAACCGACACCUCUGUCCUCCCAGCCUGGCGCGACGCCCUCGCCCACGUCAUCGUCGGCCAGGAAUGGAACUCCACGUCCAGCUGGGACGUAGUCAAGGAGUCGACCGAGUUCGUCACCAGCUGGAUGGAUACUCUGCGCGACAUUGCCCCAGAUUCAGGCGCCUACAUGAGCGAGGCCGACCUUCUGGAGCCGAAUCUUCAGGAGGCGUUUUAUGGCUCCCACUAUCCGCGGCUGUAUGCGUUGAAGCAGAAGUAUGAUCCUACGGGAUUGUUCUUUGCUUUGACGGCUGUUGGGGCUGAGGAUUGGGAGGUUAGGACGACUGAUCCGCUGCCUUAUUCGUGGAAUAAUAAUGGACGGCUGUGUCCUGUUUCUUCUUAG